AUGUGUGCACUGGAAAGUAAAAGGCAAGGAAAGCUGGAUGCUAGAAAAUGGGAAGAACAGGCUGGUGAAGCAGAGAGGAUCGGUGCAUCAGAGCUUGGAAUCAUUCUGGUAGGCUACUCUAGCCGAUCUGAUAUCGCCAAUGAAAAACUAAAAUUAUCUGAGAAUGGUAAGUCAGUUCAAAUGUGUAUCCCCUAUUUAUAUUUUCCAACAAAUAAAAUUAUCACAUUAGCAACCACCCUGUGCCAGUUCUCGGUGGCAUUAUUAAUAAAAAUUGAGAUUAAUAGCAACUGCACUUUUAGAAAAUCUAUGUAA